UAUAAAACCCAAUUUUUUUUUUUGAAUUUCUUCCCCAGUAGUUUCACUUUUUAUUCAUAACCAAUAUGUCCACUGAUCCUACCAAGUAUGUCUUCAACCACACCAUGAUCCGUGUCAAGGAUCCCAAGGCCUCUCUCCAUUUUUACACUGAAGUUCUCGGUAUGAAGCUUAUCACCAAGAGCGAUUUUCCUUCUGCCAAAUUCACUCUUUAUUUUUUGGCAUACGUUGACAAAGUUCCUGAAGCUGAAGAAGAAAAGAAAAAGUUGGCUUUCAGUAUCCCCGGUGUUCUUGAAUUAACACACAACUGGGGCACUGAAGAUCAAGCUGAUUUCGCUUAUGCUAAUGGUAACACCGAGCCUGGUCGUGGCUUUGGUCAUACUGCUAUCCUUGUUGACAAUAUUGAAAAGGCCUGCGAGCGUUUUGAGUCUCUUGGUGUUAAAUUCAUUAAGAAGUUGACUGAUGGUAGCAUGAAGAACAUUGCUUUCAUUGCUGAUCCCGAUAAUUACUGGGUUGAGGUUAUUGCUAACCCUACAUACACUGGUAACUCUCCUGUUUAAAUAAAUCGUAUGUGGAAAAACCAUUAUCCAAGCCUUUGAUUCAUUACAUUUGUUUUUUUUUUUACCAUUGAUCAUUCCAACCCUCCGUCAGUUUGAAUUCUUUAUUGCUCGAUUUACUGUUUCAAAGAUUUAUCUUUUUAGUAAUUUAGCUCUGGGGAGGGUUUUUAGAUGCAUAAACAAGAUACAUGCUGGAAUACUUCUUGAAACUUUUUUUAUGUGGUCUAAACAAAAGUGAUAUCAUUGUUGUCGGGAAAACUAGAUAUGCCGAUGAAUAAAAAUAAAAAGAACAAUUUUUUUUUGUGUUCAUU